AAAAAUCUAAAAAAGAAUCCUUUCUAUUGGAUAAUAGUGAAGGGGUUGAAGAAUUUCCCUGCUGCUCCCACUCUCAGGUCAAGUGCCAUACACUAAACUCUGGCUGCGACAGAGAAGUGGGAAAAUCUGCUCAUGGUGAUCAAUUGCGUGCAACCCUUCUGCAAAAUUCCCACCUUUAUUCCUCUCCCUUCAAUGGGUUCUCCUCCUCUCUCGCGAAAUCCCCAAACACGCCCUUACACGGAAGGCAGAGGUUUCUUCUUCGAGUGUUGCAGAAAGAGGACAAAAGUUGGUUGGAGGAGAGGAGGAGGGAUAGUCUGCGGCGCACUGUUGCCGGUUGAUCCAUGGGCGCCCACCAUUGAUUCACAGAGCGUAGCUUCGCAGCUUUUCGCGGUUUCGCUCUUCCCCUACAUUGGAUUCUUGUACUUCAUCACCAAAUCUGACUCUGCUCCAAAGCUCACUCUCUUUGGAUUCUAUUUCUUGCUCGCCUUUGUUGGGGCUACUAUUCCAGCUGGGAUUUAUGCAAAGGUGCAUUACGGUACUUCCUUGUCUAAUGUGGAUUGGUUGCAUGGUGGGGCUGAAUUUCUGCUAACUUUGACGAACUUAUUCAUCGUGAUGGGCCUGAGAGAAGCUCUUAGGAGAGCUGGAAAUGUGAAAGAAAAUUCAUCUGAUGUUGUUUCAGGGAUCAAAGAGGAGAAAUAGCCUUACCAUUAGGUUGACAUCUGAACGCAUGGAGCAUGAAAGUCCACGUCAUCUAAUGCAGUGUUUAAACAUAAAAUUGUUGGAGAUGAGAACCAAAAUUGCAUGUGAAGAAUACAUUUACUAAGGGCUAUUCUCAAGCUACUAUGAGAGGAGACAUGUAUAUAUAUGCACUUGAUUUUUUUACAAGCAUACUUCCCCCUCAUUCCAUACUACCUUCCGUCAUCUGGGUCAACCACCAAAUUUGAUAAUUAGCUAUGCAAUGUUCUUCCUUGUUUAUUUAA